AUGUCAGUCCUGCGACAUGGUGGAGGGGGCGGCUUCCUCCAACGGCGCCUUACGAAAUUAUACACCGACACGAAAACCUCUUGCGAAAGUGUGACCACGGCCUCCAAGGCCCUCGAUGACCCGGAACUUGUUGCUCUCCACGGGAGUUUCCAGAAACAGAGAGAUCGUUUGCUGUCAUGGGGUCUCGAUUGGAGCGACGCAAGCGCGGCGCAACCCAACGACAUUGACGAGUCUCUGACAGCCGCAGGAUUCAGCGAUGUUGUCGAGAGUGUGAUGUCAUCCAUCCAAGAGCUCCUCAAUGACGCCGAACGAGUCCAACACGUGGAUGCGCCGAUGCUACCCUCGAAAGAACGCAAGGUUGACCUCCCGUCAAAGGAUACCCUGGGGAACACACCUUUGAAGACACAAUGGACGGAGGAGGACAUUACCCGCUCGAAAUCCAUCCUUAACGAACUUACCGGCUGUAUUGAUACCCUUUACGACCUGUCGCGCUCUCGCCGAACGAUGGCCUCAAGCAUGUCAUCCAGCAGAAACAGCGCGCGCCGCCAACGACCUAAUCUCAACUCUCCCUACGAGUCCUCCCAUGGCUCUUUCUCCGAAUCCAAGGAGAAAGUUCAAAGCCCGAAGCAGAUGUUCGACCCUUUCGCCUACUCGCCUGCGACCCCGCAUCGCGACUCGACCAACCCUUUCCUCCCAAGAAACCGCCUGCUCGUCGACCGCUCGGCCCUCCAGCUUUAUGGAGCCGCCCACGAAAACUCUCCGCCGCCAUAUGAACCUGUGGCGGCAUCUGCAAACUCAAGGGCUAUUGGACGCCUGAAGUCUUCUGCGUCGCCGUUUCUUGCAUCGACUAAAGAGUCGCAUGUCUCGGUGCUGGUUGAGUUCAUGCCGAUUUUGGCAGAGUCUAGGAUGGACAACAAAAGUUCGCGCAUGGAAAAGCUACAGCAAUCCCUCGACCAAUUAUUGCAGAAUGCUAGGAUCUCCCAUUUGGGACUGAUGCGAUUUUUGGGAUACUCUAUCGACCAGUCCAAUGCUCGCUAUGCAUUCCUUUAUCAGAUGCCCGUGGACUACUUCCCAUUCUUGCAAAAUCCUAGUGAUUUACUGAAAGAGCUGAAGCCUAAACCAUUGGUCGCGCUUCUCCCAUCGGCAGACGAGCACAGGGAGAACCGAGUACCAAACCUUGACACUCGGUUUCGCCUGGCCUACGAUCUUUUGAUGUCGGCGCUUCAUUUGCGAAGCCAGAAUGCUGUCCAUGGAAACAUCAACAGCAGUAAUGUCAUUUUCUUCCCCGGCCGAAGUGAUGCAAGUGACGACGAAAGUGGCCUUGCGCCUGACCUCCGCCGGCCCUAUCUCACCUCUCCUGCAAGGUUCUCCGGGGAUGGGCCAACGCCGGAGCCACUGUCCUCGGCGAUGUAUCGCCACCCAGAGGACAAGAGAUCCGUUGAAGACGACGGCGCAUGGGCUUACGAUCUCUACUCCCUCGGUCUGAUCCUACUCGAAAUUGGACUUUGGGCGCCGGUCGGGCGGCUUUGGAAGAUGAAAUAUGACCGCACAUGGUUCAAGCACCGCGUAGAAGAUCUCUACGUCAAGAAGCUUGGCCCGAAGUGCGGCGGUGCCUAUCUUCAAGCCGUUCAACUUUGUCUCGAUGCCCCCAACUUCCACCUUUCUACGCAGCCCAUGACAGACCUCGGCCUUCGUGUGCCACAAAUUUACCACUACCCAGUGCUUGACCUUUCGGAUCCUGAUGGCACAUUCUCCUUCUCCAUGAACUUCAUGUACACCAUCUGCAAGAUUCUCUGGUCGUGUUGCCGUAUCGAUAUCUUCUCGGCGCCCUCGGCCGAGGAGUUGGACGAUUGCCUCCCCCUGGCACUCGUUCCAACACCUGAACCGGUGACCAUCCAGGACAAGGUCAACGCGUACAAAUCUUCGAAGCGUGAAAUGGCUUCCAACCUUGACAAGCAACUCCCCAGUGUGCCCACCACCGAGUGGGGUGUUGUCAAUGAGCCGAAAGCAUACGAACCCCCACAAAAGAAGCGUACUGUCAAAAGACUUCCCCACUUGGAGAUUCCAGACGAACAUCUGCAAGAGUGGAACUUCCACAUGAUGCCUCGAUUAAGUCGCCUCCUCCAAAAGAUCCUGAAAGAAUCAUCCGAGUCAUGCGGAGUCAAUCUCAUCAUGACUGGAGAAUCGACCGAGAGUGCCAAAACAACGAUCUGCAUCACCUGCGGAAGUGUGAAGAAAGUGAGAAUGGCACUCAAGAAACACUUUGCUCUUGGUCGGGAUGAUUGGGACCUGAUUGUCUUGCGUGGAGACAUUGAGCGGUCUAAGGUGCCUCGCAAUCGACGUCGCCGCCCGGCCAAGGCUCGACCUAAUGUCUCGAAUGAGACGCCCUUUCGCCAAAGAGAGCUCAACCCUUGCCACCAGCAGCGACCUCUUUGUGGGGCGUCCAUCGGUGCGUUCCAGAAUGAAGAGCACCUGCCUCCCGUGUCUUAUGGCGGCGCAAUCUUCGUUGACGGGAUGCCAUAUGGUCUUACUGUGCACCAUAUGCUGGAAGCACCUAGUGAAGACGAGGGCCAAGGCAAUUCCCUCGCAGACCCAAGCCAAGAUGCCCCUUCUAGGUCAGCGGGCAAUUGGCACGGGGAUACUCCCCAAUAUUCCAACCCGGAAUUUAUGUACACCUAUUCUGAGCAAGAGUCGCCGGAGUCAGGCCUUGAGUUUGAAUUAUCGGACCUGGAGGAUGGCGAUGACGGGUCAUUGUCUCAAGGGCUCGAGUCCGGCUACGAUGAAUAUUGGCUCUCGGAUGAUGAUUCGUCGGACGACGACUCUCUAGGCCCCGAUGACGAUGACGAUGACGCUGCAUCGAUUGGAGAUACGGCCGGCGUUGAGCCGGGCGAAGAACCUCGCCUCCUGGUCACCCAACCAGCCAUUGACGACGUUCAUGAUGAUUUUUUUCCAUCGCCGGAAGACCGCGAUGAUGAGCACUUAGCAUCCCACUCCCUUGGCUACGUCCAUGCAUCCUCGGGCGUCCGGCGCUGGACCCGAAAGGGUCUCAAACACGAGAUCGACUGGGCGCUUAUAAAAGUGGACGAGGCCCGCAUGGAUCCUCGCAAUAUCAUUCUCGACACGACCAGGUCCAGCAUCGCUCGUCCGGGUCGACCAGUUCCCCCGCAGCCUAUCUUCUUGAAUCAAGUGGCUCAGAUGGAGGAGCUGGGUGGCCUGCAGGUCCACUGCUGCGGCCGGACGAGUGGGCUGCAAACCGGACAGAUCUCCAAGGCGAUGACUCUGGUCAAACUGUAUGGACGGCAUUCCUUCUCGACCAGCUUUUGCGUCCAUGGAAACUUCGGAGCCCCCGGCGACUCCGGCGCAUGGGUCUUUGAUCGACCGACCGGUCGCGUCUGCGGCCACGUCCUGGCCUGGUCAGCCAAGAGCAACACCACCUACAUCUCGCCGAUGGAGGUGACCUUCGACGACAUCGCUCGCACCCUCAACGCCACCCGCGUCUCCCUCCCCGGCGAUCCCGCCACCCUCGGCUACGUCCACCCUUCCUCCCCUUCUGGCCCUUACCGAUAUCAACCUCAACGACUUCCGGGGGAUUUCGGCCAUCUGGCGCUGGGAGGUUCCCCAGGCCCACCGUUGCCACCUCAUCCCCAGCCUUACCCGCACCCCCACGGGCGCCCGGACUACGGGCGUCCCCCACCCCCUCCACCCCCUCCGGGCUCCUAUCGCGGGCCCGUGCCUCCCAUCCCGCCGUCCCUGCUCACCGGCCCACGCAAUGCCGAGCGUCAACUUGCCUGA